CACCAGUAACGGAAAAUACCUGGUCAGACAACACUGAAAAAAUAGGGCUUACAGGUUGCGCAGAAGCAGCGACAGAGGCCCUGGGUAUUGCUGUAAACGUCAUGAUUUUAAGGCUCGGGUUUUCAGCAAUCCAGAGCGGAAACCCCUCCCGAAUCCCGAAUCCCAACUCCGGCAACCGAGCAAAAGAAAAGAGGAAUACCGAGGAAUCAGGAAACACGGAGAAACGCAAUAAUAAAUAACUUAGGUAGCUAACACGAGAAAUGCAGACCUGAGACUUUCCCCCAGUGAGAGAGAGAGAGAAACUUCCUUGUGAGCAAGAUGGGAUUCGGUCGUGACUUGCAGAGCGCCCAUGAUGGCCUAAUUAAACUGCAGGACUGGGAACUGAAGCUGCUGGAGUCGGUGAAGCGCUUUAUGACCCUUCGUGUAAAGAGUGACAAGGAGUAUGCCUCACUCCUGCUCAACAUUAGCCAGCAGGUGGACAAGUAUGAUAACUCCUCCCAGAUUCACUACAUCAGUAACGUCUCUAAGUCAUGGGCUCACAUGGUACAGCAGACAGAGCAGCUGAGCAAGAUCAUGAAGUCUCAUGCAGACGAGCUAAACUCUGGCCCACUGCAUCGCCUUACCAUGAUGAUCAAAGACAAACAACAAGUGAAGAGGAGUUACCAGAGCAUCCACCAGCAGAUUGAGUUUGAACUGAACAAGGUUACGAAAACUGACCUUGAGAAGCUAAAAGGUACCUACAGACAAUUAAGUAAAGAUGCGCAUGCUGCCAAAGAGAAAUACAAGGAGGCAAUUGUUAAAGGCAAGGAGCCAGAGAAGGCACGUGAGCGCUAUGACAAAGCCACCAUGAAGCUUCACAACCUGCACAACCAGUAUGUGCUAGCAGUGCGUGGUGCACAGCUGCACCAGGAGCACCACCACCAGAGUGCACUGCCACUGCUGCUUGACUCACUGCAGAAGAUGCAGGAGGAGAUGGUCAGCGCCCUGAAGGGUGUCCUGGAGGAGUACAGUGAAAUCACCAGCCUUUUAACAGAUGAAAUCGUGAAGGUCCACAAAGAAAUACACACCUCCAUAGACCACAUUGAUCCUUCGUCAGAGUAUGAUAACUUCAUUGAAGUGUAUGGGUCCCCAGAAACCAAAGAACCAAAUGUAGAAUUUGAUAUUUCACUAUUAGAGGAAACUGAGAAUCUACAAGCCAACGAGAUACUAUGGAAUAAUUUAACUGCAGACAGUUUACAAGCAGUGCUGAAGUCUACAGGCGAGGAGCUACUGCUCACCCAGCAGAGUCUGCGCAGUAAAGAGGACCUCAUGCUAGAUCUGCAAAGCAAAAUAGAGGAGUCUGCCAAAACCUGUGAGAAGAAGUCUGACACGGUGCUACUCUUGAGUCAGAGGCAGUCACUGGAGGAACUUAGACAGACUGUGCAGCUGCUGCGCUGCUCUGAAGCCAAACUGAGCUACCAGAAGGAACUGCUCGAGCACAAGAUGCAGGAGAACGAGGGCAGGGAGCCUCCGCAUGUUGUCAACUAUGAAGAGGAUGCACGAUCCGUUAACUCAGUGGAUAAAAGUAAAGACAGGAUAUCAAAGUUUGACACCCUUCGUCACUCCAUCGCUGGCAUUAUCCGCUCACCAAAGUCUGUGUUAAGCUCAUCUUCCUUCUUUGACGUUAUCCCCACCAGUGAGAAGCCUCUUGGGGACCAAGAGUGGUACCAUGGGGCGAUUCCUCGCACAGAGGCCCAGGAGCUGCUCAAGCAGCAGGGAGACUUCCUGGUGCGUGAGAGCCAUGGCAAGCCAGGUGAAUACGUGCUCUCUGUGUUCUCAGAUGCCCAGCGCAGACACUUCAUCAUCCAGUUUGCUGAUAAUCAGUACAGAUUUGAAGGCACUGGAUUCCCCACCAUUCCUCAGUUAAUUGAACAUCAUUACACUACAAAACAAGUCAUUACCAAGAAGUCUGGGGUUGUGCUCUUAAAUCCUGUCAUAAAGGAUAAAAAAUGGAUUCUUAAUCACGAGGAUGUUAUUCUUGGAGAACUUCUAGGCAAAGGCAACUUUGGUGAGGUGUUCAAGGGAACGCUGAGGGACAAGACUCCUGUGGCUGUUAAGACCUGUAAAGAGGAUCUGCCUCAAGACCUCAAGAUCAAGUUUCUCUCAGAGGCCAGGAUCCUUAAGCAGUAUGAUCACCCCAACAUUGUGAAGUUAAUAGGUGUCUGUACACAAAGACAGCCCAUUUAUAUAGUGAUGGAACUUGUACCAGGUGGGGACUUUCUGUCUUUCUUGAGGAAGAAAAAGGAAGACCUCAAGACAAAGCAGCUGGUGAAGUUUGCGCUAGAUGCAGCUGCAGGAAUGGCAUACCUGGAGUUAAAGAACUGUAUCCACAGGAAUGCCAGCAAGCGUCACCUUUGCCGAAGCUCACACCUAGUAGUAAUAUGCAGACACCGAUACCAGUUGUCCAUCUAUAAAAAUAGAAUACGCUUCUUUAGAGAGGGUCUGAGGAUCUUCUGUGUCUCCAGGGACCUGGCUGCACGGAACUGCUUGGUGGGAGAGAACAACCUGCUGAAAAUCAGUGAUUUUGGAAUGUCGCGGCAGGAAGAUGAUGGCAUUUACUCAUCAUCUGGACUCAAGCAGAUACCUAUCAAAUGGACUGCACCAGAAGCACUCAACUAUGGGAGAUACAGCUCAGAGAGUGAUGUGUGGAGUUAUGGGAUCCUGCUUUGGGAGACUUUCAGUCUUGGAGUGUGUCCAUACCCAGGCAUGACUAACCAGCAAGCCCGUGAACAGGUUGAGAAAGGUUAUAGAUUGUCUUGUCCACAAAAGUGUCCAGAAGAGGUCUACAAGAUCAUGCAGAGGUGCUGGGAUUACAAGCCUGAAAAUCGUCCCAAGUUUGCUGAAAUUCAUAGGGAAGUCUAUUCAGUCAAGAAAAAAUAGCUCCAAAUUAGAAUGGGUAAGAGACCAAACCCAUACUUCUCAUCAAGGUGAUUUUGCCCCUUACCCACAAAGGCAAAUAUCCAGAAUGCUUCUUUCCCACCAUGUGAUCAUCACUAAAUUAUGACUGUAGUACAAGAGUACUCUAGUACUUCUUGUUAUAUAUAAACUGACUAUGAAUUGCCUAUUUACCAGCUGUUUUUAAAACCAUUACCAAGGAAUUAGGUCUUGGUUUUGCACUGUUCUAUCAAGUAUAUCAGUAUUUCUACUUAAAUGCUCCACUGUACUCUAGAUACUAUGUGUGCUUUCAUGAGUUCAGUGAACUGCAAGUAACUUCAGGCAGAUGGGUAAAGUGUAAAGGCUUUGAUCCUGUUUAGGCAGGGGUGGAGGAAAUAUGCCAUGAAGCAGCUGAAGGAUACAUUCCACUUGCUGUAUGGUGAAUGAUAAAUCUUCACCAAUACUAAAACUCAGUUUUGGACAGUUUGGAUGGUUUUGCAGUUACUGUAACUAAGUACAACGGAUCGCAUAUAACAUACAAAUCUCUUAUUUGAUGGAGGCCAAAUAAUGCUUUUGCCUCUAAAGCAAUUUCCUGUUCUUUGUAUCUCCACAGAAAAUCACUUUUUAUAAUAUAAAAUUAUAUAAUUAUAAAUUACUCUUCCCUGUGUGGUUUUGCUUCAUGAAGAUUAAUGCUGAGGUACCAAAUUAAUCAGUUUCAUUAGGUAGCUUAGCUUGCCUUCCAACAUAUUCCUUUUUCUUUUGAAAGAAUAAUAUACUGUGGAUUAAUUUAAGUGCAAUUUAUGAAUAGUGUUAAAAACAAAAGGUUGUGGCUUUAAAUCUAAACAGCCAUUCAGUGACGUCAUUCUGAGUUAUCUCUUUCUGCACAUAGUUAAUUGAAACCCUUCCAGAGAUGCCUUUUUUCUUUACCUAUGGUUCUUUGCUGUGAGGUUAAUGCAUGCCAUUUGGUAUAGGGGAUAUUCUUAUUGAUCUCUAAUGGUCUGGUUUUCUAUUAAGCCUAAGUUGUAUAUAUACGUAUGUUUCUGUAAAUACAUAUCUUUGUUUAAACCAAAGCCAAUUUCGAGCACAAGUUAUCAAUAUGAACAUGGUUUAGUAGUUUGUGCAGUAUCCUAUGGUAAGCCUAUGGUAUUUCUCUUUUGCAAACCUUGUUUGGACACUAUUAACCAUGUCAGGAAAUGCAACAGUCCUUAUAUGAGAUUAAAUUCCGAGAUGAAAACUACUUUGUUUAUUCAGGUGCCAUUUUGUAAAAUAUGCAGCCAUCUUAUGAUUGCCAGCUGUGCUGCUUGCCUGAUUUUCUAUAAAUUCCAUGUCACAUAACUUUGUCCUUUCUAUUUGUCUUUAAAAUAAAUCGAAUGACUGAUUCUACAAGGUUUACUCUGAAGAAUUCCUUUUGUAUUGUGUAAAUACUUUUUGUAGAUUCUAUAUUGUAAAAAUUUUCUAGCUGUUUAGGUUUUUUCAAAUACUAUCGUCAGAUUACUAUGCCAAUAUCUUUCCAGUUUUCUUUGUCUAAAUAUCAAUGUACUGCCUCCAACAAUGAUUAAAUCUAACAGACAACAGUAUAGCUAGGACAAUUGUGAGAUGAGAAUAUGUAGAGUAGAACCUGUAAUUAGUGAUUUCCUCUACCGCUUUUUACACGUUGUUUUGUUACAUAUUCAUAGUCUUGGAUGUGUGUAAAAGGAUUCGCCAUGCAAUGAAAUGCAUCUUCUAGUACAAUUGUCAAGGCUUAUAAUUCAUAUUCGAUACUACUGUAUCAUACAGUUCUAGGUUCUUUCGUCAACUUAUAGAUAUUACCAAUGGAUUCUGAUCACCAAGGUGAUUUGUGAUUCAUCUUGAAGCUGAGCUUACAUCACUAUAACUACUGCUAAGUGAGCUCUUAAGCUUUUUCUUUAAACUUUAAAGCAAAUAUUAUUUUAUGUUUUAUUUAUUUGAAAUACUGUAAUAUUCUUUGUAUUUUUACCUUUUUUAUUUACCCUAACACCUACUGUCAUUGUACUCAUGUUAGCCAGUAUUUGUUAAACAAUAUAUUGAAAUUUAUUUUCCAGAGACUGACCUGAUUUUUUUUUUAAUAUAUAUUCUCGUUUGACUUGCACAAUGUGACCUAAAAUUGCCAAUAAUGUGUCACAGUGCUGUUAUACACAAUUUGACAGUUAUGUGUGAACCAGUUCAAAGCCUUUUUGUAAUGUAACCCUAUAUGUGAACAACAUUAAGAGUAAAUUCUAUAACUUCUAUAUCUGAGUCUAUAUUUCUCUAUAUAUAUUACUAAAUUCACUUUUUAAUUUAAAUAGGUUGUAUUUUUCCACAAUAACACAGACCUUUUGAAUAUUAUGUUUGCACUUUUGGCCAUUUUGAGAAAUAGGUUUGCUUCUUCUAAUGCUUAUCGAACCAAAACAAUGUUAAAAAAGAUUAGAUGUGCAACAACAAACACAAAGCAAACAAAAAAUACACUGGACUCUUACUGUCAUUACAUUGUGGGUUUUUUUUUUUUUUUUUUUUUUUUUAAAGUAACU